CUUUGUUUCCCAUUUAAUAUGCGAAUGGCUUCGCCCUUUGUUUCCCGAUGCUAUAUCACGGCAAGAAUACGUACGGAUUUUGAUAAUUCUGAAGAAAUAAUAUCAAAAUGACGUCCCCGGGUACGCCGUUCUCCCUGCGACCUUGGCCCAUCGGCGACAAGAAACCGAAAAACCUUGGCGAAUUCAUCGCGCGUGUCAACGCAGAGUGUGGUGGUUUUCGCAACGUAACCGAAGCUAAGCUACGCGAGGAGAUCGCCGCUGGGGAAAUUGGUACCAUCGACACACAAGAGCCCGAGGAAGAGGACGAGGAGGACGAGGAAGAGGUAGAUACCGACAAGACCAAAUAUGCUGUAGGCGCGCGAGAGGAAUUCUUGAAGAACAUCGAAUUCGCGCAUCAAUCCGCCAUGUUAGCCCUCGAUUGCGUUUCCCUCUUAUGCUCUAAACAUAAGCCACAAGAUGCGGUUAGCACCCUCUCGACGGCGCUGCGAGAACGAGUAGGCCUUGGUACGCUAGGAGCUUCCAGGGUGAGCGAGACGAAUAUUACAGAAACGCGCCAACAGGAUGAUCUUGUUGUGUCCACAGGAUGGCGACUCAUGGGUGUCAACAAUAUGGUGGACUCCGUCGUGGCUGCUGCCGAGAAGCUAGAGAAGGAAAUCGAGCUGGAAACGAAAUAUUGGGACGCUAUCCUCUCAGUUAGCGAGAGAGGCUGGGCUGUCUGUUCUAUGCCGCAGGAACCGCAUACACUCGGUGUCAUGUUCGGCUUUGCAGAAUCCAACCCCGAAUUCAGGAAAUGGAGUCUUGCCCCACUAAGGCGCAACGACGAUGGAACCGUUCGUAUGGACCUUGGCCGUGUUGGUAAAGGCUCACAAAGAGUUCGUGUUACUACAAAGAAGAAUGGUAUUAUUGUAGACCAGUCGCCUCUACCUGGACGAAUAUCGGACGAUGCGCCACUACCAGACCGAGUGCUCGAAGCCAGGAAUACCGCUUUUCACCAGGAGCUCUGGUAUGAGAUCAACAGAGAAGCACGCACCCUACUCUCUUCAAGUGUAUACUCCAACUCCUCGAAUGUUACUUGGCAACAGGAUGAAGAGACAGACGUCAUUUUCACCCUUGAAGACCUUUCCGAGCCAGAUAACUUGAACGAGAGAAUAUCCGUUGUUGAUUGUGCGUGUACCACGCAUUACGUUUACAUGCAAUUCCUUCUAUACCAAGGACAUAGACAAAACUACCAUAGACGCCGGACUAUGGCUCAGAUCCCCUCUAGCCGCGUAGCGAUGCACCAACCCUACGCUAUUCUCCGCGCGGUGAUCGCACACUCUGAAUACACGAAAAACUGCAAGACUAUGGCCGACUUCCUGGAAAACUUAGUAUCCUUACUUCAGCGCGUUGGUAUAUCUACAGCUACCUGCAGAUCAGCCUCCCAACCACUUCCCCCAGCAUUACUUCAUAAUACCUCAACCCGGCGCAAUCAAAAGAUGGAACUCAACUUCAUUAAUCACCUUGUCGGUCGCCUCGAGUCCACCUUUGAAUUGACCAUCACGCCGGAGACGCGGCUUUUCGUACGAAGCCGCAUAGUAAUUGUUCCGUACAUAGGCACUGUCUUCGGCGUCUCCUUGACGCCAUUCACCUUCCAGAUUAAUGGAAACGAGAAUAAGAAUCUUAAUAAUACAUACCAAGGAACAAACGGAGCAAACAACGGGGUAUCGAAUCCCCUCGAGACCUCGUAUCCACCAUCCGACCCUACUAGAGACCCCUAUCCUAACGCGAAGGAAGCUGCAUACUAUAUCCGACAGGCUGCCGCUCGCGCUGUAGUGACAAAGGUUAUAGAGGAGAUAUCAGAGCAACUAGAUCGCGAUGACAUCUCAUGGGCUGAAACGGUUAAUGGCCCCGGUAUUUCGGACCGCGAUGAUAAGGAAGCGCGAAUCGAGAUUACGGAGGACCAGGAUGGACGGUUAAUGCUGAGCCUACACGCCCAGUGGCUAGCCGGCAAAGAUAUCGUCAGUCGUACCUGGACAUGGCGAGCGGACAGACAGGGCAGUGGUGAUGCCAGCGGCGAGAGUCUUUCGGCACUCGUAUUGAAGGUUAUGCAGAAGAGUUCCACCAUAGAGGGCAUCAACGUGGUGGCGACCUAGAAAGCCGUUACUGACGAUGACGAUCUUGGGGACCGACAGUGGCCUCCGGUUUCUGUGCUUUCUUGGUUGCACGAUCUGGAGGAGCCGGCCCAAGACAAAGGUAACGAAAAGGAUAAGGAUAGUGAAAAGAGUGGACAUGAUGGUGUGUCUAGGUUUAACCCUGGCUGCUCAUGGGCUUAGGACCCCAAUGUAGCUUGCCCACCGUAGUAGGUGCUCGACUUAUCGAGAACCUACAAUGUGCUCUUUGGAUGGAUCGAAAUCAUCAACGCUUUUAUAUAGCUGUCCAAUCGAGGGUAUUGGAGUAGCUAAUUACUCGAUUGUCUGGCUAGCUGAAUAGCAUAGGUUUAGUUAGGCAAAUAAGAAUCAGAAUUAAUGAACCCCCUUCUAUUGUGAUAAAAAAACGUGUUUGCUAAUUAGCGCACAAUCAGGGCUAUUCCUCGAUACUUCGCGC